AUGACUGCUCAGCACGGGACAGGCUCCAUCCUCCCCGGGUGUGACUCUGGUUGCAGCAGUAGCAGCAACAGUAGCCUCUUAAACCCACAGCUUCCUGCUCACAGCACACAAAUGAAAUUGAGGAGAAAUGCGGUGACUGAUGACUAUAAGAUCACCUCGCAGGUACUCGGUCUGGGAAUCAACGGCAAAGUCCUGGAAUGCAUCUGCAAGAAUACUGGGCAAAAGUGCGCUCUCAAGAUUUUGUACGACACAUCUAAAGCCCGCCGAGAAGUGGAGCUGCACGGAAGGGUGUCCGGUGGUCCGCAUGUGGUCCGUAUCCUCAGCAUAUAUGAGAACAUGCACAAGGGGAAGAAAUGUCUCCUCAUUGUCAUGGAGUGCAUGGAGGGAGGGGAGCUGUUUUGUCGCAUUCAGGCCAGGGGGGACCAGGCCUUCACUGAAAGAGAGGCUUCAGAGAUUAUGCGUGACAUCGGCUCAGCCAUCGAGUACAUCCAUCGCAUGGACAUAGCUCAUAGGGAUUUAAAGCCUGAAAACCUGCUCUACUCCUCCAAAGAGACUGACGCAUUACUCAAACUGACUGACUUUGGCUUCGCAAAGGAAACCACUGUGCACAAUUCUCUCCAAACUCCCUGUUACACUCCUUAUUAUGUUGCCCCUGAAGUGCUUGGCCCGGAGAAAUAUGACAAGUCAUGUGACAUGUGGUCUCUAGGCGUCAUCAUGUACAUUCUGCUGUGUGGAUUCCCCCCUUUCUACUCCAACACCGGCCAGGCCAUCUCUCCUGGGAUGAAGCAACGCAUCAAACUGGGACAGUACAGAUUCCCUAACCCGGAGUGGUCAGAUGUUUCAGAGGAGGCUAAGCAGCUCAUCAUCCAGCUGCUGAAGACUGACCCUAAUGAAAGGAUGACCAUCGGUCAGUUUAUGAGCCACCCUUGGAUCAGUCAGUCCAAUGUGGUCCCACUCACACCUCUCCAUACCACCCGUGUUCUGACGAAUGAAAAAGAGCUGUGGGACGAUGUCAAGGAGGAAAUGACCAGUGCGUUGGCAACGAUGCGUGUUGACUAUGAACAGGUGAGGAUUAAAGACCUCGCCACAUCCAACAACCCUCUGCUCAACAAAAGACGCAAGAGACCACUGCCUCCAGAAGAUGAAACCCAUUUUGACUAUAAUAAUACAACUACAUAA